ACACCAAAUUAUUUGUUAUAUUUUAAUAUAAAAAUUGAAGCUUUAUUUUUAUUGAAAUAUAAGAACUCAUGAAUUUUAGAUAUCUGAGUUUUUUAUUUAUCAAUUAUUUUAUUGAUUUCCAUUUAACUGCAUUUCAUCUUUGAGAAUGUUGCAAAACUAUUUCCCAAACUAUGUACAGAGCUUGGCCUCUGAGUUAAUUAAAUAUAAGUUAAUAAUAUAUUAAAGGAAAUUAUUGUCCUUAUUACAGUUAUUAGGUAGUUACUCAAAUUAUAGCUUCAAAGGAAUGCAGAGCAUGGAAAACUCAGGAUUAAAUUAUGCAUUUGAACCUUAGGCCAGCUUUUACUGUACAGACAGUUUUCUGCUAAGAGAGAAAUUGUAUGUCAUUGAAAUUAAAUGCUUUUCUGGGGAUGGAAGGUUCCAGUUUUUAAUGAAAUUACCGAGUGUGGUGUAGUGAAAUGAUUAAAAUCUGUAUUCCGGGAAUGUGGCAGGGAAAAAAAAUCAAUAAGUGCUAGCACAGCUUUGCUGCUCAAUGUGAAUCCUGAGAAUGAAAUAAACUACUACAAAAAUAAUAAUUAAAAACAUAUCAGCACAUUAAUUUAUUUAGCAUCAGUCUCCUGAGACAUCAUCUUCACUAAUUUUUAGCAUACAUUUUACUAUGUAAUGAGCAGCCUUCUUUUCAGAUACCCCUAUUAGACAGGCAGUAUUUCCGCCCUUCCCCCAGUGCUCCUCCUGCAUUGCAAUCAUUGUACUUGCACUUAUUAUGUUACAAAUGACCGAGGUAAGGCUGACAUUCUCAGUGCAUGCAAAAAGACCUAGUCUGCCAAGCUUUCUUUUUUUUUUUUCCUAAUGAAGCAGCUUUGUGAAAUCUCCCCAUGUGUUAAUACUAAUGAAGAUCCUCCAGCACAAUUAAAAUCACAGCCAGUGGCUGAAGAGGAAACAUAAAACAAUAGCGUCUUUUAAGAUACAUUUAUCCGCAUUUAUAUGUACAAAAUAUACAUAUAUGGUCAAGUUAGUUUUCCUACAGCUUGCCUUUCCUUUGCUUUUCCUGAAAGUGAAAUUAUGUAAUUUUUAAUUACCUGAACUUUGAGACUUUAAUGUUUUGCGUGAUGGUGGGGGGGGAUACUAACUACCUCAAAUAAAAAAAAUUUUUAAAUAUGCAUCUUCUUGGGUAAUAAAGCGUUUGCCAACGUAAAGACUUUUUUUUAAGAAAUAAUUUUUAGGAAGCUAUAGGGUGUGUGCGGGCAGAGGUAAUAUUGUUUGUGUACUUUAGUUUAACUUUACUGGUUUUGGGAUGUUGGAAUUGGGGGGGAAAUUUAGAGUAAAAUGACCAAGUUCGAAGAGGUUCUGGGGGGUAGACAAACAGCAUACUUCGUGUGUAAUUUAAAGAUGAAACAACGGGUUACCAGUCUUGAUGUUUUAAAAAAUGUUCAGGUCCUGCAAUUAGCUAUCCCCUGCCCCCUUUUUUUAACCUCUCAGAAACUGGGAGGGGGGGAGACGACUACUGAGGCUACCUUUUAAGUUUUAAUUUAUAACUUUAAAACUGUUUACUAUUUUAAUGUGUUUUAUUUAAAUUUUAACUCAGUGCAUAAACAUUACAGCCUGCUUAACUUGCCCGUGUUAGGGCAGUAGCGUUUAAUCCCGGGACCAUUUUGCGUCCUGCUUUUUCUUUUAUUUUGACUUCCAAACAUCCACGAAUUCUUGGCAUAUUAACUUAGUUGGCUUGUAGACUUCAACCGAAUUCUGAGUUUAUGGGCAAAAAAAGUUUAGGUGAAAACGGUUAAUCUAUGUUCCCUAUGUUCAUGUUUACGUUUUUGAAAAAUUACGUUUUCGAUCCUAUUUUCGGUCCUCUCCACUUUUAAAAGCCAAACAAAACAUUUAAGUUUCUUAACUUUUUCCUGGGACAAGGAAGAGUGCAAGCUCAAAACUACAGUAUUCUUGGGAGGAAGAAGCAACCCCCUCCCUCCUUUGGUUCCUUUAGGAGCUGAUAGGUCAUUUAUUAUUGGAACUGAAAUGGUAUAAACAAUUCUCUCUCUUUUUUCCCUUGUUAACAGCAACUUUCAUUGUUAGAGAGAGGAGAGAGAGAAGCCUUGUUGGUUGACGUCACUUGGUUCAUGAAGCCUUCGCCUAGAAGUGAAGCUGCUGAACAAACCUUGAGAAGAAUCAUCUCCUGCUUCAAUCUGCUGCUGGAUAGGAACUAAUCAGAGAGAGAGAGGCGGAAGGCGGAGAAGGAGCCAGUCAAGGGCUUUCCCGAUCACAGGUCGCACCUACACUCCAACUCUGUACUUUUCUGGCAAAAAGAAUAGGAAUAAGGAGGUGUUGGAGAUUCCGAAAACAAAAAUCGUAACCUUCGACCAUCUGGGGAAGGCAAAAAUCCCAUCCACCGCAACUCUCAGUUGGAAAGUAAAGAUUUCUCAACAGUGAUGUCACAAGACUGACCACAUUGAUCACAAUAAUGGAGUCUGGAGAACGGUUACCAUCCUCAACAGCCUCUUCUACUAUCCCAACUUCAUCUUCUAUACCUUCUGUGGCUUCAUCGGUUUCAAAAGGCAGCCUUUCCACUGGAGCUGCUUCACUUAGCUCUACAAUCAACCCAUGUGGACAUUUAUUCAGAGCAGCUGGGGAUCAACCGUUUAACCUGUCCACAGUGUCGAGUGCCUUCCCAAUGGUCAGCCACCCAGUCUUUGGUCUACAUUCAGCCAGCUCAGGGCAUUCAGAAUUUGGUGGUUUGGGGACACUUGGUACACCCACAGCCUUAGCCGUACAUCCCCAACUAGCAUCUUUUCCAGUAUUCUAUUGUAUAAAAAUGUAUUUUUUUUUUUUUAAUUUUCAAGGUGUAAAUGGGUCAAUAAAUGGAAAUAGUACAUCAUCUGUGUCUGGUAUCAACACAUCUGUACUAUCCACUACUGCUUCAAGUUCCAUGGGACAAACGAAAAGUAUAAGCUCAGGUGGAGGAAAUCGAAAAUGUAAUCAGGAACAAAACAAAAACCAGCCUUUGGAUGCUAGAGCUGAGAAAAUCAAGGAUAAGAAACCAAGGAAGAAAGCUGUGGAAAGUUCUAGCAACAGCGAUAGUGAUUCGGGCACGUCAUCAGACACCUCCAGUGAAGGCCUUAGUAGCAGUGAUUCAGAUGACCUAGAGGAAGACGAAGAAGAAGAAGAUCAAAGUAUUGAAGAGAGUGAAGAUGAUGAUUCUGAUUCAGAGAGUGAAGCACAACAUAAAAGUAACAACCAGGUGCUAUUACAUGGUAUUUCAGACCCAAAAGCAGAUGGACAGAAAACAACUGAAAAAGCCCAGGAAAAAAGACUACACCAGCCAUUACCUCUUGUGUCUGAAUCCCAGACUCACUCAUCAUUCCAAUCCCAGCAGAAGCAGCCUCAGGUUUUGUCACAGCAGCUUCCAUUUAUUUUCCAAAGCUCUCAGGCAAAGGAGGAAUCUGUGAACAAACAUACAAGUGUAAUACAGUCUACGGGAUUGGUGUCCAAUGUGAAACCUUUAUCUUUGGUAAACCAAGCCAAAAAGGAAACUUACAUGAAACUCAUAGUUCCUUCUCCUGACGUACUUAAAGCAGGGAAUAAAAAUACCUCUGAAGAAUCUAGUUCUUUGACCAGUGAAUUGCGAUCCAAACGGGAACAAUAUAAACAGACAUUUCCAGCGCAGUUAAAGAAGCAGGAGUCGUCUAAGAGCCUGAAGAAGGUUAUUGCAGCUUUGUCAAAUCCAAAAGGAACCUCUAGUUCACCAGCACAUCCAAAACAGACAUUAGAAAACAACCACCCUAAUCCAUUCUUGACAAAUGCACUUUUAGGUAAUCACCAACCAAAUGGAGUUAUUCAAAGUGUCAUUCAAGAAGCCCCUCUCGCGCUUACUACCAAAACUAAGAUGCAGAGUAAGAUGAAUGAGAACAUUGCUACGGCAAGUGGCACCCCUUUUUCCUCACCUGUAAAUCUGAGUACAGGUGGAAGAAGGACCCCUGGCAGUCAGACAACUGGAAUGCCCUCAGCCUCUCCCAUCCUGCUUGGUCAGGGGAAGGAAAAAGCCUCAGGCAAUAACGUGACCACAGGAAAAGCCCAGCAUCACUCUCAUCCUGCAAAAUCGUUAGUGGAACAGUUUCGAGGAACAGAUUCAGACAUUCCCAGCAGUAAAGAUUCUGAAGAUUCCAAUGAAGAUGAAGAGGAAGACGAUGAAGAAGAAGAUGAGGAAGAUGAUGAAGAUGACGAAUCUGAUGACAGCCAAUCAGAAUCAGAUAGUAAUUCAGAAUCAGAUACAGAAGGAUCAGAAGAUGAUGAUGAUGAUGAUAAAGACCAAGAUGAAUCAGAUAGUGAUACUGAAGGAGAGAAAACUUCAAUGAAACUGAAUAAAACCACCUCCUCUGUCAAAAGCCCUUCCAUCAGUCUCACAGCUCACUCAACACCUCGUAACCUCCACAUAGCAAAAGCCCCAGGCUCUGCUCCUGCUGCCUUAUGUUCUGAAUCCCAGUCACCUGCUUUUCUUGGCACACCUUCUUCCACACUUACUUCAAGUCCACACUCUGGCACUUCCAAAAGAAGAAGAGUAACAGAUGAACGUGAACUGCGUAUUCCUUUGGAAUAUGGCUGGCAGAGAGAGACAAGAAUAAGAAACUUUGGAGGGCGCCUUCAAGGAGAAGUAGCAUAUUAUGCUCCAUGUGGAAAGAAACUUAGGCAGUACCCUGAAGUAAUAAAGUAUCUCAGCAGAAAUGGAAUAAUGGAUAUCUCAAGGGACAAUUUCAGCUUCAGUGCAAAAAUAAGAGUGGGUGACUUCUAUGAAGCCAGAGAUGGACCGCAGGGGAUGCAGUGGUGUCUUUUGAAAGAAGAGGAUGUCAUUCCUCGCAUCAGGGCAAUGGAAAGCCGCAGAGGAAGACCACCAAACCCAGACAGGCAGCGAGCCCGAGAGGAAUCCAGGAUGAGACGUAGGAAGGGUCGACCCCCAAAUGUUGGCAGUGCUGAAUUUCUAGAUAACACAGAUGCCAAAUUACUAAGAAAACUGCAAGCUCAAGAAAUAGCCAGGCAAGCAGCACAAAUAAAGCUUUUGAGAAAACUUCAAAAGCAGGAGCAGGCUCGGGUUGCCAAAGAAGCUAAAAAACAACAAGCAAUAAUGGCUGCUGAGGAGAAGCGAAAGCAAAAAGAGCAGAUAAAGAUUAUGAAACAACAGGAAAAAAUUAAGAGAAUACAACAAAUCCGAAUGGAAAAAGAACUUCGAGCCCAGCAAAUUCUAGAGGCUAAAAAGAAAAAGAAGGAAGAAGCGGCAAAUGCCAAGUUAUUGGAGGCCGAGAAACGAAUAAAGGAAAAAGAAAUGAGAAGACAACAAGCUGUUCUUCUGAAGCAUCAGGAGUUGGAGAGGCAUAGACUAGAUAUGGAACGAGAGAGAAGGCGACAACACAUGAUGCUUAUGAAAGCUAUGGAAGCUCGUAAGAAAGCAGAAGAAAAAGAACGGUUGAAGCAAGAAAAACGUGAUGAGAAGAGAUUAAAUAAAGAGCGUAAACUCGAGCAACGAAGAUUAGAAUUAGAAAUGGCGAAGGAACUAAAGAAGCCUAAUGAAGACAUGUGCUUAGCAGACCAAAAGCCUUUGCCAGAGUUGCCUCGUAUUCCAGGACUUGUUCUCUCUGGAAGUACAUUUUCAGACUGUCUCAUGGUGGUGCAGUUCUUACGAAACUUUGGUAAAGUUUUGGGCUUUGAUGUGAAUAUUGAUGUUCCCAACCUGAGUGUUCUUCAAGAGGGAUUGCUAAAUAUAGGGGACAGCAUGGGUGAAGUCCAAGACUUGCUUGUGAGGCUCCUCUCAGCUGCUGUUUGUGAUCCAGGUCUAAUUACAGGAUACAAGGCCAAAACAGCUCUUGGAGAACAUUUGCUGAAUGUUGGUGUGAAUCGAGACAAUGUUUCCGAGAUUUUGCAGAUUUUUAUGGAAGCCCACUGUGGACAAACUGAGCUUACUGAGAGCCUGAAGACCAAAGCUUUUCAGGCUCACACGCCAGCACAGAAAGCCUCAGUCCUGGCUUUCCUGAUCAAUGAACUGGCAUGUAGCAAGAGUGUGGUGAGUGAAAUCGACAAGAACAUUGAUUAUAUGUCAAACUUGAGGAGAGAUAAAUGGGUGGUAGAAGGUAAACUCCGCAAGCUCAGAAUCAUUCAUGCUAAGAAAACAGGCAAAAGAGACACUUCAGGUGGCAUUGACCUUGGAGAGGAACAACAUCCAUUAGGCACACCCACUCCAGGACGAAAGCGAAGAAGGAAGGGAGGAGACAGUGAUUAUGAUGAUGACGACGACGAUGAUAGUGAUGACCAAGCCGAUGAGGAUGAGGAGGAUGAAGAAGAUAAAGAAGACAAAAAAGGAAAGAAGGCUGAUAUCUGUGAAGAUGAGGAUGAAGGUGACCAAGCAGCAAGUGUUGAAGAGCUAGAAAAACAGAUUGAAAAACUGAGUAAACAACAGAGUCAGUACAGAAGGAAGCUCUUUGACGCUUCUCACUCUUUGCGUUCCAUGAUGUUUGGCCAAGAUCGUUACAGACGCCGGUACUGGAUUCUUCCCCAGUGUGGGGGGAUUUUUGUCGAAGGCAUGGAGAGUGGUGAAGGACUAGAAGAAAUUGCAAAAGAAAGAGAAAAACUAAAAAAGGCAGAAAGUAUCCAGAUUAAAGAGGAAAUCUUUGAGACUUCUGAGGACACUUUAAAUUGUUCAAACCCACAUCACUGUGAACAAAAGGAAGAUCCUAAAGAAAAAGAUAACACAAAUCUGUUUCUGCAGAAACCUGGCUCUUUUUCAAAAUUAAGCAAGCUGUUAGAAGUAGCUAAGAUGCCUCCUGAGUCAGAUGUAAUGGCCCCAAAGUCAAGUAGUAGUGCCAAUGGCUGCACGUUGUCUUACCAGAACAGUGGAAAGCAUUCGCUAGGCAGCAUUCAACCAACGGCAGCGCAGAGCAACAUGGAAAAGACAGACUCGAAUAACCUAUUCAAUCCCGGUUCAGGCGGCCCCGGGAAGUUCUACAGCCCUCUCCCCAGCGACCAGUUGUUAAAAACUCUGACUGAAAAGAACAGGCAGUGGUUUAGCCUUUUGCCAAGAACACCUUGUGAUGACACUUCCCUUACCCAUGCUGAUACGUCAGCGGCUUCUUCAGUGACUCCUCAGUCUCAGUCUCAGCCACCAUCUAAGUCCCCUUCGCCCGCCCCAGCUCCUCUUCUUGGACCAUCUGCUCCGAAUCCUGUUGGCCUAAAUCCAUUUGCUUUGUCACCUCUUCAGAUGAAAAGCGGAGUAUCUAUGAUGGGACUCCAGUUUUGUGGGUGGCCCACUGGCAUGCUGACUUCCAAUAUUCCAUUUACAUCACCUUUACCUAGUCUGGGAUCAGGGUUGGGCUUAUCAGAAGGAAACGGUAAUUCAUUUUUGACUCCCAAUGUUGCUUCAAGUAAAAGUGAAUCUCCAGUACCACAGAAUGAAAAGGUCUCUUCAACUCAACCUGCAGCUGUUGAAGUAGCAAAGCCAGUAGAUUUUCCUAGUCCGAAACCUAUUCCAGAAGAAAUGCAGUUUGGUUGGUGGAGAAUUAUUGACCCUGAGGACCUAAAAGCUUUGCUCAAAGUGCUACAUCUCAGAGGAAUAAGGGAAAAGGCAUUACAAAAACAAAUUCAGAAACACUUGGAUUACAUUACUCAAGCCUGCAUCAAGAAUAAGGAUGUUGCUAUUAUUGAAUUAAAUGAAAAUGAAGAAAACCAGGUGACUCGAGAUAUUGUGGAGAACUGGUCAGUGGAAGAACAAGCGAUGGAAAUGGACCUGAGUAUUCUUCAACAGGUAGAAGAUCUAGAAAGGAGAGUUGCAUCAGCAAGUUUGCAAGUGAAGGGUUGGAUGUGUCCAGAGCCUGCAUCAGAAAGGGAGGACUUGGUAUAUUUUGAACAUAAGUCAUUCUCUAAAUUAUGCAAGGAGCAUGAUGGAGAGUUUACUGGCGACGAAGAAAGCAGUGCUCAGGCACUAGAGCGGAAGAGUGACAACCCCCUAGAUAUAGCUGUAACGAGGCUGGCUGAUUUGGAGCGGAACAUUGAAAGAAGGUAUCUGAAGAGCCCCUUAAGUACCACCAUUCAGAUCAAACUGGAUAAUGUGGGCACAGUUACUGUCCCUGCUCCUGCACCAUCCGUUAGUGGUGAUGGUGACGGAAUUGAAGAGGAUAUUGCUCCAGGGCUCAGGGUAUGGAGAAGGGCAUUAUCAGAAGCUCGCAGUGCUGCACAGGUAGCUCUGUGCGUUCAGCAGUUACAGAAAUCAAUAGCAUGGGAAAAAUCAAUUAUGAAAGUUUACUGCCAGAUCUGUCGCAAGGGAGAUAAUGAAGAACUGCUCCUCCUUUGUGACGGCUGUGACAAAGGCUGUCAUACAUACUGCCAUAGACCCAGGAUCACUACUAUACCAGAGGGCGACUGGUUCUGUCCUGCUUGCAUCGCUAAGGCAAGCGGUCAAACUCUAAAAUUCAAAAAACUUCAUGUCAAAGGAAAAAAGUCUAAUGAUUCAAAGAAAGGAAAGAAAGUAACUUUAACAGGGGAUACUGAAGAUGAAGACUCUGCAUCUACAAGUAGCCCACUAAAAAGAGGAAACAAAGACCUGAAAAAAAGAAAAAUGGAGGAAAAUACUUCUGUUAACUUGUCAAAACAAGAAAGUUUUACUUCUGUUAAGAAACCUAAAAGAGAUGAUUCCAAGGACCAAGCUCUCUGCAGUAUGAUCCUUACUGAAAUGGAAACUCACGAGGAUGCAUGGCCUUUUCUACUUCCUGUAAACUUGAAACUUGUUCCUGGUUAUAAGAAAGUUAUUAAGAAGCCUAUGGAUUUUUCCACAAUUAGAGAGAAAUUAAGUAGUGGACAGUAUCCAAACCUUGAAUCGUUUGCUCUAGAUGUCAGGCUGGUUUUUGACAACUGUGAAACAUUUAAUGAAGAUGAUUCUGAUAUAGGCAGAGCUGGCCACAGUAUGAGAAAGUAUUUUGAAAAAAAGUGGACAGAUACUUUCAAAGUGAGCUGAAGUUAUAAUCUUUUUUUUUUCCUUUUAAACAAGGACAAAUGAGACCAGCAAUGUGAACUGUAUUUACAUAAAUGUGCAAGGCACAUACAUAAUGACUUUUUUUUCCUUAAAGUAAGUAUCACACACACACAAAAAAGUAUCAGAAGAAUGAUACCAUUUUUAAAGGCUUCACUCCUACAACAACCAAGGCCCUUGGUUAUUGGUUUGUGUGAUUUAUCAGCUAAUUUAGGUAGAACAGGGAAGCACACCCAAAGAAUUUUCAAAGGAAAGGGUGUUAUAGUGCAAUAGCAACUAAAAUAUAUCAAAUCGCACUGACUAUUCAACACCAGAGCUCUAAUGUGGGAAAUGGUUCUCCUUUCCCUCUCAAUAAAUAUCUAUUUUUCAUUUUUUUACUUUGUAGUUUAUUUUUUAGUGAAUGUAUUUAAUUUUAUGAAUUAUUUAUGAUUAAACCACAUCCAGAAUCUUCGUUUUCUGUGAAAAGGAAGAACUAGAAAAUUGCUUUAAAUCUUGAAAAUACAACAAGGAAUGUUUUAAAAUAUAAAACAAAGCCAAGUUAAACUGUUUACACUGAUGUGCUAUAAAAGCACCAAAAAUAAACUUUACUGUAGAGUUACAAGUACAUUUAUAUAUAUAUAUGUUGCUGCAUCACUUGUGUAGUUAAAUUGUAUUUCAAGACAGUGAAGAAAAAUUGACCUGUAUAUACUGUUCAUUAUUGUUUAUAUUAAGUCUUGUUUUAAAUAUGUAUUAUGUGUAUAUAUUGUUUGCAGACAUUAUUGUUUAUGCCUUAGAAGGAUUGUAGCAUUUUAUUUUAGUCCGAAGGUAAUUAUAGCUAUACAGCUUGUACAGUAAUCCUCUACCAACACUGUGGCGUCUCCUUGAUCUUGGUAGUGCCUGCCUUUGAAACAGGGUGUAGGGGAUAUUAGUUUUCCAUUUUUCUAUUUUGUUAUAUAAUUUUAAGCCACCAGGGCCUAAAUUAAAGUAUAAUCAUUUGUAUCCAUGUGGAAUAAAAUUGUGACAAUUUCCUACACACACAGUAUUUUUUCAUAGAAACAUUUUCCUCCCAUUUGCCUUGCCUCAGAAAUAAAUUUAAAAGACAUUUGUAACCACUGUGUUUUAUCUACUGUGUGUUGUGGUGGCCUGUUGGAGGCAAAUAGAUCAGAUUUUUUUUUGUACCUAUGUAAGAGUACUUGAAGUUUUAUUUAAAAUAAAAUGUUGUGGAAAAGGUAGCAUUCUUUUUUUUAGGAGUGUUAUUUUUCACUGCUAUGUGUGGCACGGAUACAAUAAAAGACUUUUACAAACUAGUUUUUUUUUUUUUUUUUUUUUAGUUUUUUUUUAGUGUUUUUCCUAAUGAACCUAAAAAUUUAAAUUUGAUUUUUACAGAAUCAUAAAGGAGCAGCAGCAGAGUGUGGUUCAGAGAACCUUGGCCUGGGUGAAAGGGGGUGGUUUUAAAUAAAGUGAUGUGACUUUCA